GUUGCUUUCGAGAGCUGACGUUCCACUUCCGAAUUGGACCAACCACGACAAAAUGGGCGGAAAUGCGGAAGCUUUCACUCUUCUCUCAUUAGUGCUGGUUACCAUUGCCCUCCGGACAGUUGUGCGCGUGAGAAAUGUCGGGUUGCGAGGGUUGCAGCUAGAUGACUACCUCAUGCCAGUCGCUGGUAUACUCUGCAUAAUCGACUUGGUAGCCGCGAUUUACGUUGUGACGGGAGCCAAUGGCUUAACCAACAGCUACAUGACCGACGAGCAGCGUGCCUCGCUUUCCCCCGACUCCGUAGAGUAUGCGCACCGUGUCCUGGGUUCCAAGAUUCAGGUCUUUGGCUGGACCCUCUACGCCGCGAGUCUUUGGUGCAUCAAAGUCUGUGUCGCUGUCUUCUACUCCAGGCUAACUACCAACCUGGCGAAUCUGAAAAUUCGCGUUUAUAUUGCGUAUGCAUUCAUUGGCAUCACCUGGAUCGUCACUACGGCCCUUCUCCUUUUUGGGUGUCGGCCUAUGUCAAAAUACUGGCAGAUCAACCCCGACCCUGGGAGUGUUUGUCAACCGACCAACUCCAAGCUUUACGUUCUGUCCGUGCUGAUCCCGGAUGUUCUCACCGACGUGUACUUGCUGGCUAUCCCUCUCCCACUUCUCUGGGCUGUGAACAUUAGUUUGAAGAAGAAGCUUUCCCUGACCGCCCUGUUCUCCGGAGUUCUAUUUGUCAUUGCAGCGGCCAUCGUCCGUGGAGUUGUCAUCCUUACUUCUGGUCCGGAGGGCGCAGUUACUGGCAGCGAAUGGGCCAUCCGCGAGGAGUUCGUUUCCAUUGUCGUGUCCAACUUGCCCAUACUGCAACCGCCUAUCCGAGCCUUCUGCACUAACAUCGGGCUUGGUGUUCUUUUCUCCACGCACAACACCCAUAACACACCUUUCGAAGGCAGAACAAUAGGCGGAGGCGGGAGCGGUGCUUACCCGCUCGGGAGCCGCAGGUACAAAGGCAACGCCACGGUGACUGCCUGGGACAGCGAUGAGCAGAUUUUGGGCGAGGGGCUAGCGCGGCCUCGGACUCAGAACAUCGUUGUAGGUCGGGAAAUUGCGGUCGAGUCUGACUCCGGAUCGGUCAAGGUGCCAGCGGGAUGGAGUGCAUCAGUAACGGUCAACACCGCCAUGUAAGCUCGGGUACCUAAUCAAUACAUUUC